CUCGAAGCCAGAAUCAUCCAUCACCAACCUCUCAGUACUGCCUGAGUGAUGGUGAAGUGACUUCAAAGAUAGAGCUAGGCUUUUGUGACCUCGAGACCUGAUUCUUCUGACUCACCCGACCGCACGAGGUCGCCCAACUGCCUCCUACCGGCAGUAUUUCCCCUCAACGGGGGCUCUCCUACCCGACGGACGUCGAUCUCACCGACCUAUUGUCCAACUUCUUCACGACCUCACGAACCGUCACGAUUCCACGAUUUUUCUGCGAUUUUUGGCCGUAGUCUCGGAAAUGUGUUGUCGGCAACACCGAUGAUCUACCCGGCCGAUUGAAAAACUUUACUGUUUACGCACCAAACAACACCAAGCCAUGGAACCGCUCACGCUGAGACCGCGCACUCCGGUAGAAAGUCCGGACGUCGAAAACUGGGAAGAUGACUUUGAAAGUCUGGAGGAGGUCCAUUUUCGCACGGCUUCCACCGCAACUUCGAUCGUAUCCGUUCCUCACACCAACCACCGCGACUCUGCCUCAUCUCGUAUGUCUAUGCGAUCGGAAUCUAAUCAUGGAGAUGAGAACUGGGACGUCUUGGUCGACGAACAAGCCUCGAUAAAAGACGCAAUAGCGCUGGCGAAGAGCAAAGGAAUACCACUGCCGUCGAACGUGCCGCGAUCUGCGUUAGAGGGCGGCACCAUAAGACGGUUAAAAGGCAAGGAAAUCAAGAAGGCCAUCGCGGACGACUGGUCGGAAGAUCUCGACCUGCCAGGUGCCGACAUUCCUUUGAAGCUUGCAAAGCCAGAUGAUCGAGAUCUAUCGGACAGUUUGCGUCAGAUCAGUGCAGCAUUCAGAACAUCCCCCAAAACACCAGAGACGAAAGAUCUGCUCGAUAAAACGAUUCGAUCACCAAAGUCCCGGACAGCGCCCACCCCCAUCACACUCGACGCAUUUCGUGAUACUGAGGACGAUGCAGACUUUGGUGACGUUGGAACAAUCAAAGUUGCAAAGCAGAGAUCGCCACAAAAGCCGCUCCUGUUCCAACAACCACCAACACCCACCAAGCCUGACACCGAGAAUAUCGAGGAUGACCUCGAGAUUCCAGGUGACGGACAGCUAAAACUAUCAACCAGAAAGCCGGCGCCACAAACACCUCAGCAGGAUGAAGAUUUCGACCUCGAAUGGGCUGAAGGGAGCUUAGGCACCAGACAUGCCGGAACCAAAAGAGGUGGGCGGUCUGCUCGCAGUUCUUCGGCUUCUGCCCUUAGUCCAAGCGUGUCUAGUGCUUUUACUGCCGAAAGCGAAGACGAAGGGCUUGACGGACUAGUUCUCCCAGACGGGCCUAUCAAAUUCGAGGAUAAGCUCAAACAAAGGCAGCAGGAGCAUACGGUCGAAGAACCGAGAAGCGUUCCUCAGACCAGUCAGAACGUGAAGCAUGUCUCUGGCAAGGAUGACUUUUUCUCUGGGCUCGAAAUUGGCGACGGAGAGGUGUUUGACGCAGCCAAACUGACGCUGAACCGAAACGUCAAACAUAAAAGCACACGACCUACUAGUCCUACCAAGAGAACCACCACCACUCUGAACUUCACGACUAACAAGACCCAGGCGACGGUUUCCAGGUUGCCUAGAUUUCAACCCGCCCAUGACCGCCAUGAACGUGCUCGGUCAAAUCUGGAACCUGUCUCGGAAACAGGUGCAGCUAUUUCCUCCUAUCAACGACCAAACUCACGACUCGGCAACCACUCGACUCACCCAUCGGUUUCAACCAUUCCUACUCCUUCGACACCUUCAACUCCAUCGACCCCUAGCAGACGACUUCUCCGUGGCACAGAAUCAAGGCCCGAUCUGCGCCAUGAACAGCCAACCACGACGAACGCUCAACUCCUGCGCGCGAAGAGAUCGAUGCCAGCCAUGCGCAACCUGAACUCCCCUACUAAACCGGCCUCAUACGUUAGGCCACCUUCGCGACAGGAUACAGGAAGCCGGCUAAACAUACCGUCUCGUCCAAAAACACCCACUGACCGUUCCGAGUCUCGCAUUGGAGAUUCUAGGAAGACUGCGAUACCAUUCCUUCCUGCCGGGGCCUCGGCUGGCCAAUCCCAACACAUCAGCAUCAAGACGACUGCUAGCCGGCACUACCGUGGGCAAGGGUCCGAUGGUUCAGGAGACAGCAUGUCUGCAGCUCAACGAUCCCUGUCGCGGCUUGCAGGCUUGACCAGGCCUGAAACCCCUGGUCGCGGUCGGAUCAAUCUGACUCCAGCUGAACUGGCAGCUCAAGCCAAGAAGACCAUUACAAAGCCUGCAAGGCGUCGAAAUUAUGGUGAUGGAACUGAACUGGAAAUAUUCGACGAUCUGCCAACAUCUGCCACUCUUGAAUCGAAGUUCACAAAGACCCCAGUUGGUCGCGGGGCGCCACGAAGUUUGAGAAGCAAGCUUGGCCUCUCCCAUCUGAAUCCUUCUACAUCUUCGCUCUCCAGCACCCGUCGCGGAAGUGAUACCCCUGUGCCUGCAACGCCCCUUUCACCUCUGAAAACCGAUUGGCCUACCACAGCGGUGACCACAACUAAUGUUCCUCGGUUUGCCCGAGAUACCGCUGCAUCCCGAAUUGCUCGUGAGCAACGUCAAAUCUCUACCACCUUCCAAAAUAUGCGGGGGGAGCCGUUGCAGCCAAUUUCAACGAAUUGGAAGUCGACCACGUCGACUCGCAACCCUCAAGGAAGCCUCAGGAAAAAGAAGCCCGACAAAGUCCAAUUGAAGCCUCACCUUAUCAAACCGAUGGGCGGUGAUGUGAACAGACCUAAAACGGAAAAGGGGAUGCAGUACAACCCGCUCCUGUUUAGAUGGGAAGGGAAUGAGAACGCCCUGGCUCCAUUUGAUGUUCCAGAUUUCCAUCCUCGAGUUGGAAGUCCAGCCGGUCCAGGCCUUGCAAGCCCUGGAACUAAAGCCAACCUGGCAUUGAUCUCCAAUGUCGGCUCCAGUGUAACAGGGGUGCAGGUUGUGGGAGGCAUGGUUUUUGACCCAUCUCAAAUGCGAUGGCUCAAAAUUGCCGAGAACACUGAUGGGACUGCACCGAAUCUUCGAAGUGGAAGUGUCCAGAUUGAGGAAGAGGAAGACGUCUUCGCCGGCCUCGAGGAUCUCAAAGAGGAAGACGAGACGAGAAGUCGGAGCGGUACCAUGCAGAAGGUCUCCGGCGGCUUCGGACAUGGAGCAAGAGACUCAUUCGGCGAGGGCGACGCCGGACACAGCAGUGGGGACGAAUGGGGAGUGUGCGAAGAAUUCGACGUUGGUCCUGAGUUCAUCAGAAGACAAAGGAACGAGGAAGAGAGAUGGCGUCGAAAGGUGGAGAAGUGGUUGAGAAGAGGCAUGGAGAUGGAAGAGGAAGAAGGUGAUGAUGGGAGAGGAGGUUGGAGAUGGGCCAUUCGAGACCUGGUCAUGGCCCAAGGUGAAGCCCGAGAAGAAUCUUGGGGUUGAUUACCUUUUUGGGGCGAGGAGGUCGACUACUGGAGGGCUUUAAUAUUGGAAUGGUCCUUGGGAGGGCUCUCCAGGGGGUAAGCCAACUCUCAAUGGAGGAAAUGGGAGAGAGAUGUGGAAAGGAGUGACAGUACAGCAGCUUCUUCUUUUCCUUCUCUUCACGCCAGUGCCAACGAAUUCUUUUUUCGGAGGGGUUGGACGGACACUGGCGGAGAGGGUUCUCUUCUUUCUACUAUUUCUGAUGGUGAUGACUUAAAAAUGCUUUAUGAUUUGAUUCUUUUCCAUUCUGUCUUUAUCAUUUUUCGCUAGAUUAGCCUAUUUUUUCACUUCUCCGCCUUUUUAUCUUUGCGAACUUUUGAUCUUGUCG